AAUAAUAAUAAUAAUAAUAAUAAUUUUGUGAUUUUAAUUUGAAUUUUUUUAAAGUUAAAAUUUUAAACAUUACAACAGAGUUGAUUAUAUAUAAAAAUGAAAGGAGCUUUGAUGAUAUUUGUCAUAUUUGCCGCCAUAUUGGUUGUUAAUUGUCUUCCAACGACCGAAGAUGAUGUACAUAACCGUGUAAGACCAUCUGAUUCUUCAUACCAAUGGAACAAUCAAUUUUCUUACGAAUUCAUUAUGUGUAGAUUACAAUGCCGUGAUAGUUGUUUUAGCAGAGGAUAUUGGAGAGGAGCUUGUCAAAAUGGCGAAUGUCACUGUUAUGGAUACAUGGGUGACGAUUAUCCAAAAAUGAACGAACCACCAAUGUUACUUUUUUAAAUAAUUUUCAAAAGACGUUACAAAAAAAUUUCUUCUCACGUCUAUUUUAUAUAUUUCUUUUUAUAAUAAUUAAUAUAACGACCAACGUU